AUGUCUAGCAGGCGCAGCUCCGCGUUUGCGCGGCGCAAAUCUGCGACUCCACAAAGCGACGACGAUGUAGACAUGAUAACCAACAGUCCGGAUGGAGUUGAAAGUGAUGCGGAAGGCGAAAUGAUCGUUGACGGGCGCGACGAUUUGUACGAACUGAUUGAUCGGCUAUCCACGUCUUUGUCCACGAUCUCUGAAGAUGGCGAAGAACUUGCCGCAGGCUUUCAGCGCAUUCCGAGCCGCCGAACUGUGCCGGAUUAUUUCGAAAUCAUAUCGAAUCCAGUGGCAUUCAGCACUGUUAGGGGCAAGAUACAAAAAAAACAAUACGCGAACUUCACAGAAUUUGUCAAAGACGUCGCACAAAUCUUUCACAAUGCGCAAGUUUAUAACCGUCCGUCGGCACCUAUCUUCAACGCCGCGAUCAAACUGCAAGGAUUCUUCAAGGAAGAGUUGCACAAGCUUGUUCAAUCUUCACAAAUUACCAAAGAAGAGGCCGCUCUGCCCGAUCUUGGUGAACUGCCUCCUGUGGAAGAUUCUCCACUUCAAGAUCCGGAGGCGGAGAACUUGAAUCAUGAUGAUAAUGUGGACGACGACCAAGCAGAAGAAGAAGACGACGACGAUGGCGACGAUGACGACGACGAUGGCGGCGACGACGACGACGACGAUGAUGAAUAUGGUGCUAGUGCUAGUAGGCGUCGUAAACGCAGGCUCCAACGGUCAUCCGCUAAAGGUCGCAAUGUUGACAUAGACGAGGAUGCUCACAAAGGAAGAGGGCGUCCUCCAAUGGUUCUUACACCAGUCGAGGCUCGCAUCUCGUCGAUUCUCAAGGGCGUUCGGCGGCUCAAGGCAAGUGAUGGUGCCUUGCUCGUCACACCAUUCGAAAAACUUCCUGACAGAGCGGCGCUACCGGACUAUUAUCAAACAAUUCUGAAUCCAAUUGCUCUCGACAACAUCAAAAAGAAAGCCAAGCGCAAGAAGUACAACAGUGUUGACAGAUUCCUCGACGAUAUGAAUAUGAUGUUUGAGAACGCGAAAGCAUACAAUGAAGAUCAAAGCGAGGUAUACAAAGCUGCCGCUGAAUUACAAAAGGAAACUCAGACUUUGGCCGAGCAAGAGAAAGCUAAGUCAGAUGAUGAAUUUCGUGACGAGAAUGGAAAGCUACCAGUAGCCCUCAUCGAGCAGGAUGCGAACGUCUGGAGAGUUGGGGACUGGGUUCAUAUCCGCAACCCAAACGACCUCGCGAAACCCACAGUUGGCCAGAUCUUCCGCAUGUGGCAAGAUCGCGAAGGAGAAAAAUGGAUCAAUGCAUGCUGGUACUAUCGGCCUGAGCAAACUGUUCAUCGCUUUGAGAAGCAUUUCUUCGAGCACGAGGUUGUUAAGACAGGGCAAUACCGCGACCACCAAAUUGGCGAGGUCGUGGAUCGUUGCUUCGUUAUGUUCGUGACACGAUUCAACAAAGGCCGGCCGCGCGGCCUUCCUGCUGAUAAGCAUGUUUACGUGUGCGAAUCCCGAUACAACGAGGAAAAUUUUCGCUUUAACAAGAUCAAGACCUGGGCAAGCUGUGUUCCAGACGAAGUAAGAGACCGCGACUACGAAAUGGAUCUUUUCGAUGGGCCCCGUCGGAUGAAAAAAGUGCCCAGUCCAAUUAAACAUCUUUUGCGCGAGGACGCAAAGGUCUCAGAUGAGCUUCCACGUCCGACUUGGGGCAGUCCGAACGCGCCGCCGAUUGUUGGCGCUGUGCAUCGUCGGCCGCCAGAAUCGCAUGAAACGCCACCACCUGAUUCCUCUUCGAUGAACCCUGCUGCUUCUGUUGAGAGCCAGCUCGAUCCAGCUCGUCGGAACUCAGCGGUUUCUCAGGGAAGGGACGUGCCCGCAGACCAUCAAGUCUCGGGCGAUGCUUCUUAUAGUUCUGUUCUCGGGCCCGCAUCUCCUGGUCACGAUCACACACAAACGAUGGAUGUCCAGCCGAGUACACCUCAGCUAGGAGCGCAUCCUCCGCAUCAGACGCCAGUGCCUCUUCCGCAGAUACCAGCGCAUGCAACCUCGGCACGCCCCGCACAGUACAUGCAGCAGCAUCAAUCUGGUUUUGCGCCAGGCUACCCAGGCAGUUAUUCCCAGACUUCAGCCGUCAUGCGCUAUCAGCAGGUCGGAAACCCCACCACGCCAGGGUACAAUAUAGCCCCCGGCUCGCGGAAUAUCGCUACUCAGCCUCAGCCAGGUAACCACAACAAUGCCUAUAAUCCACCCCGCCCGCCAGAGGUCUACACACUCCCAGACAGCACAAACGAAGCUUUGCCGUUUCAGAUUCGAGCCCAGCUUCAACGUGACAAUGCCGGAAGGGUCCUUUUCUUCACUGCACCACCCUCAGAUCGCCCUCGUCAUCAGUUAUCUCCUGAGGACAGCGGCCUAGGACAUAGCCUCCGGUAUAUCGCAGGGCGUGAAGAUUGGCGAACACAGAGAGAGAAUAAGCGAAAAGCACGCGACCAAGCAGCUUUGCAGAGCACUUCAAAACGCAUUGGUUCGAGUGUUGACUUAACAGAUGGACGCCUCGCUUCGGAGGCCAGGGACGCUGUAGACCAGUGGUUCCGGCAAAUUGGUCAGGACACGGAAAAAUGGAAGCAAGAGGCUGGUCUCAGCAAUUGA